UUCAUCGCCAGUUAUCAGGCAAAUUAUGGUGUUCCAUACGAUUACAGUAAACUAGAUGAGGAAAGAAAAGCCGCUGAAGCAGAGCGAGCAAAGAAUAAUAAAUCUGCUGAGAAAAAAGAAAAGAAGCCAAAGGAUCCCGCGGAGACCCAAGGCUGGGUUGACAUGGAAGAGAAGGUCCAUGCUGUCUAUGUGAAUAAUCUUCCCACUGACAUAACUAUGGAUGAAUUCAAAGAGUUCAUGUCAAAGUGUGGUGUUAUUCAACCGGAUGCACGCACAAAUAAGCCCAAGUUGAAGCUGUAUGAAUCUGUGGACUUGGCGCUCUCAAUUCUUGAUGGUUAUAUGUUGAAAGGAAAGGAGGUUCAUGUAGAAAAGGCUCGUUUUGAACUCAAAGGAGAAUUUGAUCCAUCAAAGAAACGGAAGAAGCUCACCAGCGCUCAGAAGAAGAGAUAUAUGGAAAAUCAAAAUAAAAUUUUCGAGUGGAGACCUGAAAAACCACGUAACUACCGUCCCCUCUCUGAUUGCACUGUGGUUAUCAAAAAUUUGUUCACUUUGGAGAUGAUGGAGAGAAAUGCAGCAUUAUUAUUGGAUCUGAAAGAGGAAGUCCAACAAAGUUGCUCUAAAUAUGGUGUUGUGAAGAAAGUGGUCGUUUAUGAUAACAACCCAGAAGGCGUAGUUACAGUAACAUUCGAAACAACGGAUUCUUCGGAUAUGGCCGUCAAAAUGCUGAACGGGAGGCUUGUAGAUGGACGAAGGUGA